AUGAAUCUGGCAAAUUAUUCUUACUUCUCUGGCAUGUGCAACAUGACCGCAGAGACGCAGCACUCGCCCUCCGAGGCAAGUCCUGUUGUCCUGUCUCCAAAUGUGAGCUUGGACUCGCCGCUGCCUCCGCCGCCUCUGAUGCUGCAGGCCCGGUCAAAGGACAAUAUUUUGAUCAAGUCUGAGCCCAGAGGAAACAGUCCCAGCACGGAGGAUGGAGCCGCUCUGGGCCAGACUGAGGAGCACCUGCCCACCGGGAGCCGCCGGAGGAAGAGGCCCGUCCAGAGGGGGAAACCUCCCUACAGCUACAUCGCUCUCAUCGCCAUGGCCAUCGCCAACUCCCCCGAGAGGAAGCUCACCCUGGGGGGCAUUUAUAAGUUCAUCAUGGAACGUUUUCCUUUCUACAGGGAGAACUCGAAGAAGUGGCAAAACUCCAUCCGCCACAACCUCACCCUCAACGACUGUUUUGUGAAGAUCCCCCGGGAGCCCGGCAGACCAGGUAAAGGCAACUACUGGACUUUAGACCCCGCAGCUGAGGACAUGUUUGACAACGGGAGCUUUUUGAGGAGGAGGAAAAGGUUCAAGCGCACAGAUGUCAGCACUUACCCCGGGUACAUGCAGAGCUCCAGCGCCUUUACCCCAACUCCAAUGGGCAGGCCCUCGUACCCAAACACUCUGUACGCCGGAAUAGGGUCUGGUUAUGGCUCUCAGCUGACAGCCACAUCCCCACAUCCCGCCAUGCUGCAUCAUUACCAGACCUCCGCCGGGGUCGGCCAAGGACAGCCGCGCAUGUUCAGCAUCGAUAACAUCAUCAGUCAGCAGAGCGGCCCGGGGGGAGAGCUCAACACUCAAGCGCUGGGGCUGGGUGCGGGUGACCUGGGCACCAUGACCUCCAGCUGCUCGGUCACCGGCACCGACCCGUCUGCGUGCUUCCAGAACCAGACAGUCAACCCCUCGGCGAACAUGCUGAGCAGAAACAGCGGGAACAUCACCUCCAAUCUGGCCGCGGGGUACCCUUACUCCUCUUCGGCCUCUCCUCCUAACCUGCCAACCAUGACCCAGUCCGGGUUCUCCCCGGGGAGCUCUCAAGUUUAUUGCUCCAGCAACCGGCUCUCCCUGCCGGCCCUGCGCCCGAGCUCCUGCGCCGACCACACGGAGCAGCUGCUGGGCCUCUCCAGCCCCAUGAACUCCUACAACAACACCUACAUGAGACAAGCCAACUUUGCAUCAGGAUUAGACCGGUAUAUGUGA